UCAAAAAGAAUGGAAAUUUGGCCAUCCCCUUUAUUUCCUUCCUCCCCCUUUAAUUUUAAAUUCCGCAGUCCUGAUUUUUUUUGGCACCAGCUGAUGGCUAAUUUUUAAUGGAAAGUAUCCUAUUCUAUAUUUUGGGGAGCCAGGCAGUGGUGUCCAUACCUUUCCCCACAGGGACUGUACGGACUGAAUGUCGGGACCGCUACUUCUGGAUAUGGCUGGACAAGUCUGCAUUGGGCCAAAAUUCUUGGAGUUACAGUGUCUUCAAUGAACUUGGCCAGCGUAUCUCUGUGACUGAUUACAUCGCUACCCAGUGCGGAUUCACCCAUGGCGUCGACCUCUAUGGAAACCCGGAAAUCCGUAUCUCAUUCCUAGCUUGUUCCGUCCGCAAUGUGUUUGACAAGGAUUUCAGCAUCCGGCUCCAGGUGGAAAUUACCAGCCUUGAUAACGUAACUGCUGCUUAUGAAGUGUCCAUGAAUUGUCCCCUCGAUGCCCCAUGGAGCCCUCGUGAGAUUGUUUGUGAGGAAAAUUACAUGGAGGUUUCUGUCCGGCGAGCCGUCCCAGGAAUAGCGAAUGAUGCCUUGAACGAUGAUUGGAUGGCAGUGUGGCCUGUGGCCCAAGGGGCUAUGAACCAAGUCUGGCAAGUAGUUUUCCAUUUCCAAAAUGGUUCCGUUCAGGACAUGAUGGCUACCCAAGCUUACGACAUGGGCUACGGCUUCAAUACUACAGCCACCCGUGUUCUCUUCCGCACCCCUUACGGCACCCAGCAGACCGAAGUGGCUACGGUUCAGGGCUUGGAAGUGGAAGUGGCCCGAGCCACGAUCUUCUAUAAACAGGCCUGGAUGAUCCUAAUAGUAGAUACUGUUGUGGCUUGUCCUAUCAACCCUCCCACUUUCACCGCCACCGCUUUGCGCUGGACUUCGCCACGGAUCAUGCCGGCGCUGGUGGCCUUCCCCCUUCAGUUUGAAGAUGAGACCAUCGAGAUGGGCGUGGAUGGGCGCAGAAUUGAUAGGAGCACCAUUGUGCGGAAUGGCUACAGCUUCCUGACCGACAUGCACUUCAUCAGCAUCACAGUCCCCAUUGGAGCUCUGGGAGGAAUCACAGAGAGUGACGUGAUCGACAAUCGUUACGGCACCACAUAUACCAUCAAACUCCUUCUGGACCGCAGAUGGCGAGGAGAUGAAAGUGACUGGACCCGUCACCGGAUCUUCAAGUCUAUCCGCACCCCCUUUGCCCCCCAGAUACCGCUGCUCACCGAUAACACGGUUCCAGAGAGAGGCUAUUUCGAUGUUACCAUAGGGAACUUCCUUGCCGAUGUGGAGCUGACUGCCAUUACGAUAGGCGGCAAACUCUUAUCGCCACCGGAAAUCAAAGGACACGGCUGCACCCUGGAGGAAGUCCCCAACGCCAAUCACACCCGAGUUUUCGUUCUCAAGGUCCCUUUCUCCAACCCCCUGGUGGAACAGAAGUAUCUAUAUGGCAACUUCAGGAAAUACACUUUGCAUCUAGAAUAUACAUUUUUCCUGCUCCCGAAGGGCAAGUCAUUUACUCAUCCUGGAGUCAUUGAAUGUGAAGUCGCUGAUGUAGUUCUUCCACUGUUCGAGGGCUUCUGCGAAGAAGAGCAGAUUGGUGUGAGGAUGACGCGUGGGAAUCUGGAUCGCUACUGGGUUCCUUAUGUGGGUAGCCUUCAGCUGACAAACGAACUCGCAGCAUCGCAGAAUUACACCAUUCAAGAUGAUGGCAGCUACUUCUACCUGUCGGUGCCAUUUUUGGCUACUGGCUUGAUGUACGAGGAUAUCUCCCUCAACGGAGUUACUGUCCGGCUAGAUUUUGGCCUGCGGGAUAACAAGACACUGCUGACCAUGGUGGAGUUCUCCAGAUCUUGUGUCUUCCCUACUGGAAAAUUACUGGUAUGCUUUCCCAAUGGAACUAUGAUUGCCACCAUGCUGAGCUUGGAUACCAAACCAGAGUUAAAUCCUCGGAGAACUCAUCUACGGGAUAAGAACUGUAGACCAGUAGGUGUUGAUGACACCAAGGCCCUCUUCACCUUCUCUGUGGCCACCUGUGGUACCAUCAGAAGGUUUGAAGAAAACUACUUGGUGUAUGAAAACGAAGUGAUCUUCGAGAGAGAGAUGAUUCCGGAAGAAAAACCCGUCAUAACCAGGGACCCUCAGUAUAGAUUGACUCUGCGCUGCCGUUACCGGCUCGAUGAGACCCUCCGAGUAUGGGCACAACGAUUACUGAAAGAGGGGGUGGCUGCCGGACUCCACCCCUUUCAUCUCAAAGCUUACCAGAAGAAAAGAGCGGCAAAUGGACAUGUCUCCCACUUAGCAGGCGGCGCUUCAACAGAUGCAAAGGGGAAGACCUGGCUUUGGUUUCUAGCUUUCAGUGUGGCUCUGUGUGGACUAGCAACUACAAUCGACACCCUUCUUCCUGUUCAAUUGUUUGGCCAUUGAAAAUGAUGAUUAAAGACACCCUUGGAUAUCUUA